AGAUUUAAAACCUCUCGCAGAAGAUGAAAAAAGAUACAAAUCGUUACAUUCUCAUGUAAAAUAUUACAACGAACAUAAUGCUGAAAAUGAAAAACAAUAUUCAAAUGUAUUUUUUUACAUGCAACCAUAUGCAAAAGAAAUAUUUAAUUUGCAAGAAGACAAACCAUUUAUUGCUGGUUUUAAGCAUGAAUUAGAUAAAGUACAAAUUGUGUUACUGGUUUUCAUAUUUUUUUUUAAAUUAUUAAAUCUAUGCUUUUAAAUUAGUAUUUCUCUCUCUCUCUCUUUCUUCAAGACUAUGAAGCAGACGACAAUUGCCUAUGCAACAUCAAUUAAGACAAUUAACCAUACAAGUUUUUAUAACAGCAAGAGAAGUAUACAGAAUUUAGGAAGACUACGAUUACAGAAUUACAAUGGUACAACUAUUACUACAGAUUUAUCUUUAAUAUGUAUGCUUAUAUUAAUCGUAAAUCGCUUAUAUUAAUAAAAAUAAAGAGAGAAUAAAUAUACAAAAAAUAUUUUUUACUAAAUUAAUAGACAAAAGUAUACAAAAUAUAAAAAGUAUUAGAAUAAAACGUGAAGAAAUAGUGAACAAUUAUGAAACAACAUUAAAUAAAGAAAUGGAUUUUUUCCAAGUCAUGAAAGAUAGGGAUAUUGUAACUGGUGAAGCAGAAACAACAGAAUACUUUGAGAAAACACAAGAGAUACAUAUGCAAUAUGACAUGUAUGAAUAUGGUCAAAAAACUACAAGUGAAAAUAUCAAAAAUAUUCUCGAUCAAUCUUUAACUCUGAAAGGGAGAUCUACUCUUGCAGAUACCGAAAGUCCCGAUGAAGAGUUAUACGAUUAUGAGAAGUUCAAAAUGGAAUAUGAACAACAGCUGGAAUACAACAUAAAACAUGGCAAGAUACUGAAUUAUACCGAGAAGGAUGAAUUAGAGGAUAUUCCAAAAGAAGCAUUGAAAGGAUCCGAAAACUGUACAAAGGAAGAGCUAAGUCAGAUUGGAAUUAAGGCAUUAAAAUGCCUUUUAUAUGAUUACCAGCAUGUGAAGGACAUAACGCAUGUAAACAGAAUUUUGUCAAGGACAUGGCUAGUUCUCAAAAUUUGGUUAUUAAUUUAUAUUUGUCUGGCAAUACCCUGCUGGUGUCAAAGAGGAUGGUGCUGCUGUUGUUUUCGUUGUAAAUUUUGUUUUCCGCAAAAAAGAAUUACAUUCGCGAAACAAUAUUAUACAAUGAAUCCACCUGGCACUUUUGUGAAAGAUUUAAAAAAGGAGAAACAUGUGAAAGAACCUAUUAAAUAUGAAGCUACUGAAUAUGAGUAUAAUUCAUAUGAAACAUUCGAAACUGCAAUAAGAAAUAUAUAAAUAUUAAUAUUUGUAAAAUGUUAGUUUUAACCAAUUUUAUUAGUUACUUAAUAUGAAUUAUUAGUUUUGGGAACACAAUUCUCUCUAUUUUUUUUCUUUAUCAACUACUCAGAUAUUUACUCAACAUAGAUUUCUAAUUUGUAUAAAAAAAAAGACAUAAUAUAACUAUAUGUUAUACAUUA